AUGGCUCCUCGUGGCAGGUGCCGCUCCUCCGCGGGCUGUCCGCGCUCCCCGUCAAGACCCGUUGUUUCUCCGCCACCCUCUGGGUGCUCGGCUCGACCCGUCAGAUCCGAGCAUCCUUUGGGUGGUUGCGGCCGACAGCGAUCCGCUUCGUCGCCACCCUCCGCGACGCCCUGCUAGACACAGCGGUCCGAGGAGCGGCCGAAGGGCCAAUCCUUGGUGGUCGGCUCCAUACCACCCCGGUCAAACGACGACCCUGCCGUUUCAGGUAAUCCCUGGAUCUUGGUUUCUUCGAGGCAGAGCCGGAGAAGGAGCACCUCCCCUCUUUCAGCACCGCGCGCGCCCAUGCCGCCUCCUGGAAACGCCUGCCAGUCGGCUCACCAGCGCGCCCCCAACCCUGCUCGCCUCGCCUUUUUAAGGCGCUUCAACGGCCGCUGCUUCCGCUGCCUCAGUCGAGAUCACCGCCGAGCUGCCUGCAGAGAUCCCCCGCGCUGCAUUGAGUGCUGGGCUUGGGGUCACCUGGCUUCCGAGACUGCUCGCUGCCGGGUCGCCCGUCUCCGCGGCAGCUGCGGCAACGUCCACGAGCACCUCCGCUUCCCAGAGCCGAGGCUGCCCGCCUAGCUGCGCCUCCGCUUCCCGGCGCCGCCGCCGUCCGCUGCCAUGAUUAGUAGCGUCCUCGCCAAGCCGGCGCCCCGCCGGGCGGCCGCCCCGACCAGCCACACCAUCGUCAGGUCGUCGCGCUUUGUCGAGCACCAGGUCUUCACUUUGCGCAGCCAUGGGGUGCUGGUCAAGACCGUCGAUCAGUAUCAUGCGGCAAAUCCGCUGGCUGGCGGACAAGCCAUCGAGGAGGAGCUGCGCCUUCCCCGCCACCGCAUGUGUGUUACGCGACAUCUGCCAGAGGAUUUCUUCAUCCUCUUCAACGUGCCGGCGGAUCGCAACCGUGUGGUCGGGCUCGGGAAUAUCAUCAUCGACGGAGCCACCUUCCUCCUCCAGGCGUGGAGGGAAUCUGACCACGGCGUUCUCCAGACCUACCCCCUCCACGUGCGCAUCUGCGUGGAGAGGAUGCCGCUGCACCUCUGGUCCAUCGAGGGGGCUGGGGAGGUGCUGGGCCGAGACGUCCUCGUCGACCGUCUCGACAGUCGCACGUACACCCAGGAAAACACGAGAAUGUUCAGCUGCUGGGUGUGGUGUCGGAGCCUUGAUCUCAUCCCCAACAAGCACGCCUUUACCAUCUUCCCCGAGGGCGCCGGGAGUGUCGAGGAGAUGAACGGCUUCUCGCCUCCGCGGCGUGAAGUCGCUCCGCCUCCGGAGGGCUACUUCUUCCAUGCCCUGAUUCACAUAGACCUUGUGGAAGAUUGGACCGUGCGGGAGAGGCGCACCACUACAUCAGUAGAGGAGCUGCCGUAUCCAGCCGUACAGCCAUUCACCUGGCUGUACAACGUUGAGGACGGUGUGGAGAAUCGGCCCAUUGUGCGCCGCCGUCUCCUGGAUGGCUGUAGCGGGGGUCCCGCGGCGUCGCGCCGUAACGACAGGGACGGCGAUGUCGACCGUCACCGUCGGCACGAGAGGGAGCCUGCGCCACGCCGCGACUUCGCGGGCCGCGUACCUCUGCCAUCGCAGGGCGGCCUUGGGGGUUCUCGGCAGCGCAUCCGCACGCCCGUGAGCAAGAGGCACUUGAUUUCGGCCCCGGCAGGCGAUGGUACUGGGGAGACACUGGCUCCACCGCCGCCGCUCCCGCGCUUCGGCCCCCGCCCGCAGCGCUUCGACCACGACACCAUGGCGACCGCAGAAGACCUGCCUCCUUCGCAGCAGCCAGAAGACCUGCCUCCUUCGCAGCAGCCUUUGGUCGUUGCGAGGGAGUGGGUCUCCACCGGCAUGGACCCCAUGUCAGAUGAGCUGGUGGCCAUCUGCACGGCCGUGGUGGCCUCUCCCCUGUCCUUCCCGUCGCCUGCUGCGGGGCUCGCGGACAUCGCCGACGAGCCAUCUCCUCCAAUCAACCAGGUCCUCCAUGGGCACGCCCCAUCCACGCUCGGCCAGUCCUCCCCGCUCGACGAAGCAGACAUGGCAAUGCAGGUGCAGAGCCUGUCUAUCACUGACAGCUCGAUGCUGGACGCCCUCUUCGCAGCCCCGCCAUCGUCCAUCCUGGGCGCGACCCCGCCGAAGGCCGCUGCCAAAGGGAAGCAGCGCUUCAAUACCCCGCUCGAAGACACCGAUGUGGACGGCCUCACCGUGCCGACCAAGAUCGACCGCGAGGCAAUUCUGCGCAAUGCCGCGCAGUCGUCCGCCUCCAGAGCGGCCACCACGGCGCACUAG